AUGGCAGUCGAAAGCGCUUUCUCAACUCCACCAAAUGGGGAAGAUGCGAAAGCUACAAAAUCCCGCCGAUAUGGAACACUAUCCCCUGCUGAGGAGAGGCUGAGACAUGUCCAACGCGCCCAAUCCACACCUCCCGAGAUCACCCACGCCCACCAAUAUGGUACCUUGACCAAAAGUAUCGAUGCCCAGCUGUCGGAUGUCGCGCGCCUAGAGCAUACAUGGCAGCGAAUGCACCUCUCCAAGAAGAAAAGUCAAUAUUACACCGAUGCUUUUGCACAUCGCGAAUCGAACAAUUCCGCCAAAGAACGUGUCGCGAAAGAUUCGAUUGUUGUGGCGGAACUCAAAAUGAACUAUUGCGUUGACUCGGAAAAAGACUUUCUGAUUGACUUCUCAUUUCGACUAUCCGAGAUCUACCAGCGUCCAGCCUCCUGCGUCAUGAUCAUGCUCAGCACAGACGUCACCAUGCUUCUGGCUGGAACUUCCGAACCAGCCUAUCAUCUGACUAUCGUGGCCUUGCAAUCUGAAAUAGCCGCGACCAAGAACAAGCGAAGCACGCAUUUGAUACAAGAUUUCAUGCAGGACAUUUUGGAUAUUCCACCAACAAGAGGAGUAUUACGAUUCGAGGCUGUGGCAGAGGAGAAUCUGGCAACCAACGGGAUGACUGCGUUGCAAGAAAUCGAGCAAUUGGAGCGGCAGCCAAUCGAUGAGGAUGGAAUAUUCAGAGCUUUGAGCCGCCAGAGGAGUAGGAGAAGUAAAAAGGCCAGCGGACCGAUUCUCACCGACAAAGUACGAACAGCUUUCCCAUCCCUGAGAGCCAGUACGCCGUCACAACAGCAGUAUAACAUACUAGCCACAACUAAUGACUUCUCUGGAUCCACUGAUAUAAGUGGCCCAUCAAGAAAGCGCGUCAAGUCAAGGAAAAGCAUUUUAUCAUUCUUCAGGAAAUAA